UCAUUUUUUGAUUUCUAGAGAGAGAAACUGUUAAAAGAGAUCUCACAUAGCUUCUCUAAGUAUCUCCAUUCUUCACUCUUUAAGUCUUUAUCCUUAGCUUCUUCCCUUCUGUCUUUGCCUUAUUCAUGAGUGCUGGAGAUAGUAAUGCUUUGGAUCUCAAUAACUUACCUGAUGAUCCAUCUAGAGACUUUUUCCCAUUCUCCGAAGAAGGCUCUUCCUCUUCUUCUGGAUGGUUUAGAGAGAAGCAAAGCAAAGAUGAAAAAGAGUACGAAUGUAGAUUUUGUUCACUCAAGUUUUUCAAAUCUCAAGCUCUCGGUGGCCACAUGAACCGCCACCGCCAAGAGAGGGAGACGGAGUCACUUAACAAAGCUCGUGAACUUGUUCUUCGCAACGAUACAUUUCCUCCUCAUCAAAGACCUCCGUCAUUUAGUUAUCAUCAAGGAGAUGUGCAUAUUGGAGACCUAAUAACACCAUUCAAACCAAUGAUGUAUCCACCAAGAUUAUUCUCCCCCUCCUCUCUUCUUCCCCCGCCACCACCACCACUUGUGCAACCUUAUAUGUAUCCACCUCCUCCUCCUCUGCGGCCGUCAUCCUUUCCUCCCCGUCACACCAACGACUACUAUUUGUACAACAAUGGUACACAUCACCAAACCCUAACCAAUAGCGGUUGCGGUGGCCGUGCACCGCCUGACUCGAGCUACUCUUUCAUUGGUGCACCCGUGGCCAAUGGCUCUAAAGUUGAUCCUCCUAUUUCGCACCCUCUACCUCCACAUCAUGGGAUAUAACUAAGAAAAUGGAAAAAUAGUUAAAUUUUCUCCGUUGAAUGUUAGAUUUUUUUAUCUAUACAGUUUUGUCGGAUUACUGAAAGAGACAUGACAAAGCAAUUGAU